AUGGUGUUGACCACUCCCAUACACGUGACUACAAAGACCCUGAGGAACGAGGGGGGGACUAUUGAUUGCACAAGAGGUGUGAGUAGGGAGCAGAGAGCCAUAAACAGAAGGAACAAACUUGAGUCAUCACUGGUUUCAAGUCGGAGUUAUGUCCCAGAACGUAGAAGCGGUAAAGCGGCUAAUGAGGCGUAUCGUAAUUUUGUGGAGAAUCUAUGUGCUAUCGCUGUGCAACGAUUUGGCGAACCUUUUCGUGAUAGAGACGUUAAUGUUGCUUUUGAGGAGAGGUCAUUUGGUCAUAUAGUCAAACCUGGUGAAAUAACUUGUCCAAUCAGUACUAAUUAUGCUGUGGAUUUGUCUUCCUUGGUCGUCUCGAUCGCUUUGUUUGAUGGAGAUAAGAUGUUAUUUGCAUGCUCGGGCAUAACUAUACCUCACGGAAGAACUAGACAAAGCCUAACAAGAUUUGUGACAUCAGCACAUUUGGUUACACAAUUCAACGAGAAUAGAAAUAAAGAUGAUAAGUUGAGGGUUGCAGUGCGCCUUCCUAAUAAUACAGCUACCGAUGGGUUCUUAGGACUAUAUGAUAAAGACAUUGCUAUCGUCACAUGCUUGGGCUUCCUAGGAGUCCGUCCUAUAGAUCUGGAUCAUAAGGCAAAACCUUUCCCUGGUGAUAGUUUGAAAGCUGCUGGGCGUGCCUUCAACUCUGGCAGUUUGAUGGCCAUGCGUGGAUCUCUGUAUCAGAAACGCCCCCUCGAACACCUCAACACCUGGGUUUCUGAUAGUCAAGAUAUCUCUAAGGCUGUACUUGGAGGGCCACUUCUGGGGUGCGAUAAUAAAAUUCUCGGGAUAAACUUAGAUAUUUAUGACCCUGGUGAUGCAAUUUUGAGAUACACCUUCCUACCAAUGGACUUACUUUGCAAACGCUUGAAGCAUUUUCAGAUACUCAAUCCUAAAAAACUAGACUUCCGUGGAUAUACGUUGCCUAAAGAUGUAUUAAGUGUAGUUCCUUCAGGGUUUAUGCAAACUAUUUGCAGGUUAAAGUCCCAUGGCUAUCCCAUUCCACCACCACUUGUGCUUGAAUUCAAUGGGCAAUUGCUUAAUCAUUUCGAAGAAUGCUUUGGUGAAUUACUUCCUUGGAAAGGGUAUCCCUAUCGUCAUACACCCGGUGGCUCUGAGGAGGGUGUCUGGAAUCAACUUCCAAAAGAAGUUGUGACAGAUGUAUCCCGUCGUGUUGUCUCACUUGCUUCAUUCAAUGGGUAUGUGAGAUCUUUUGCAUGCACAGGCUUGCUUAUAAAGUGGCAUGGAAGCAAAGCUAAGCACACUGUCAUCCUGACUUCAGCCAGUUUGGUUAGAGGUCGUUGUAAUGAGGAUUGCAUUGAUAAUAGCUUGACGAUUGAGGUGUUUCUCCCACCGAAUCAACGUGCUGGUGGGACAUUGGAAUUUUAUAAUUUAGACUAUAACAUUGCUAUUGUCAGUCUCAAGAAGAAUUUCAAUGCUAUUUGUCCGGACGACAUCUUCAUUAAAAGUGCACAAAACACAUCUAAAAAGGUUGUAGCUAUAGGGCGUGAUGCUAAAUUUGGUUUAUUGAUGGCCGCAAGUGGUGAAGUGAAGCGUGGAAACAAGGGUUGCAAACUUGAUUGCAAAGAUGUUCAGCUGUCUACUUGUAAAAUCAAGAAGGCUGGGAUUGGAGGCCCGCUUAUUAAUCUUGAUGGGAGUUUUGUUGGCAUGAACUUCUGGGAAGGAAGCGGUGUAACUCCUUUCUUACCAAGGCACAAGAUUGUUGAAGUUCUAAGUGGAGUGAAUUCUUUACCAUCAGAAUGGUAUUAUUUUCAUCUCAAUGCUAACUGGUAG